AGUUCCCGUCCGUGGGGGCAAUCCAGAGGCUACAGAGCCCUACUGUAUUUGUCGGAACGUGAAUCUGCCUCUCGUGUGUCUCAGGUCUUUCCUGUCGAGGGUGACAUAUCCUCUUCAUGGCCAAAGGCAUAAAUCCCCUUGUGCAGAAAUCUGGGACGAAUAGGAAGGCUUGGAAAAUCUGCACGCUGUGACGCGGUGCAGCGGAAAAACCAGGAGAUAGGGAGAUGUGCUCGUGUUAUGCGAGAUGCCAAAUCAAACCACCAGAUAGAGGACCUAUGGUUGCUGUUAUUGUUGUGUCGUCAGUUGCUAGUCAAGGCUUUACCUCCCAAGCCUCCUCGGGUGAAGGCGCAAACGACGCCCACGACGACGACGACUACACCAGACUGGCUGCCAGACAAACUGACUAGACUACUUCAAACCCGACAAAAAAAUCCCUCACCCAGAUCCUCCUCGAUGAGACAGCUUGGCGCGGGCGAUCGCCCGGUGGAGAGAGAUUUGAGCGAAAAAAGCGAAGUAGUAGUGCCGUAGUGACCAGUGGGCACUAGCCACUAGUCCAUCAAUCAU